AUGUUCGAGUUUUGGCAAACACUUGCGCGCCUCACUCAUAAUCUAGGCAUCAAUCCACCCAAGCCAGGCAAGAAUUUGCUAGAUGGCUGGGAAACAGCGCCGGCUGAGAAACAAUGGCUCUUUGCUCAAUUUCUCGCUAUCGAUGCAAAUUUCCGCUUGGUGCAGAAGAACGUGUCAUCGGAGACUGUCGACCCUGGUUUAAGUAGAGGAUGGGGAUAUUUUGUAGAGGAAACAGCUUUCAAGGGGUUCCUGCAGGAGAAAAGUACCUGUACCAGCCACAACGCAGUGAACCUGGCAGAAACAAAGAAUUCUCGGGGACUGGCCGCAACGGGAGCAGGUACUGUUGACUGCUCUCGUCACAAUUUCAAGCGGCCAUGUGCAGUUGGCGACCUUCAAAAAGGUGAAAAGUACAUAAACAUGGAUUAUUUGUUUUUCUCCACAAUGCAGCAUUCCGAAGACAUUGUGACUCUGAAUAUCUCAUACGAUAUCGCCUGUCAGUGGAGCAAGAAUCUUUGGGACAGGUUAUCGAAAUAUUCGUCACACUUACGGUUCGGUCGCGACGGAAAGAAAGUCACAUUCCUCAUCCCCAAGUUUCACCUACCCGCCCACAUUGCUGCCUGCCAGACGUCUUUUUCACACAACCUCAUCAAAGGAAUGGGGCGCACUGACAGUGAGGCUCCAGAGCGAGGUUGGGCUAAUAUCAACCUGGUUGCCACAAGUACACGAGAGAUGGGUCCUGGAUCACGCCGGGACACACUCGAUGAUCAUUUUGGUGAUUACAACUGGAAGAAAGUAACAAAUUUUGGUAUUAGUUUACUGAACAAAAUAAAGAUCGCCAUUCCCGAGCGUGACCAACAUCAAUAUGACUUUAACGAGUUCCACAAUGCCCUCGUGGACGAACGACCGCGUGAGAUAACCCAGUGGAAAGACGCUAUUGAACAGUGGGAGGCCGAUCAUUCGAACCCAAAUCCUUUCAAGACCACGACUAUCACCAUGAUGCAAGCUGCAGUGCGCUUGAAGCUUUCCCAGCAGGAAGCUGGAGACCUUGAGAAGGGUCUCGAUAGUUCAUUGCACGCGGAUAUAUCACCGAGCAUACUUAUAUCGUCCGGGAUGGACCUUGAGGACCAACAAUAUCGUCUAUGGAAAGAUCAAAACACCCUAGGUGCCCAUGCAACUGAUCUACAGCUGGCAAAACUGCAAGAGCGCUCCAAUGCCCUACUACAGAAGGUAGAGCAUUGGUGCCAGGUUCAAUUGCUCUAUAUGCCCAUGGCCUACGAAUCUUUGGACGACCUUCGUCGACAACUCCGCCUUCGAUCGCAUCUUUACAAAUUCAAGGACGCCAAUAUUCGUGGCCAGCGGGCCAACAUGAGGGCAUCUGCUGUACUCAAGAAAGUCGAGCUUACUGUGACGACGGCAGCAGACCGGUACCGGCGAGCAUGGAAGGCCCUCAAGGUGCUGGCAGGGGUUCUAGACAAUCCAAGUUGGGAGGCGGAGCUACCAGAGCUGCAGCCCACUGAUAUUCGAGGGAUGUCGGAGGGAGAUAGCGGCCAAUCCGAAGGAAAUCGCACCUUAUCUUGGAUUUGGAAAGCCCGUGGAGUAGGUGCAAUAGGUGACGAUAACGAGUCCAUCCUGUCUGAAGCUUUGCGUAUAGAAUGGUGCAAGUUGAGAGCACGCGCCAGCCGAUGGGCCAAAGAGGUCGAGCUCCUGCAAGAGGAGAUGCGCCGAGUUGCAGAAUUUCUUUCCUGGCAUGCAGCGUGGUGGGAGGAGCAGGCCGUUCGCAGGACUGGCUUGACCGCAGCAGAACAGGAGGGUAUGCACGGAUAUGCCAGACGCCAGGCUGCGAUGCGGAGGGCUAUGCGAGACCGAUUCCUAGCCCUGUGGAGUGUAGUAUCGGUUCUCCUGCAGUUACUGUCGCCUGUCGCCCCAUAG